AAAUAUUCUUGAAGCUGUGGUCAUCAAAACAACAAAACUCUUUUUAAUCAAUUAGUACAUCUCUCUCUCCCUCUCUCUCUCUCUAAAUGCACAUCUACCACUAUAUCUACCCGAGCAACAACAGUCCUUCCAAGCGCUCUCACUAUCUCCCUCUCUCUCUGUCAGUGGGCAGAUAGUGAGAAAUGGAGAAGCAGGCACUCCCACUGAACGCAAUACAAACAGAGCCACAGAUGUGGUUCAACCGUUUCCAUGCCGCAGUCUACACCUCUGCUCUCUUUGCUCUCUUCUACCACAGGCUCCUCUCCCUGCUUCGUUCCCCGACCUUCCUCUCCUUCACCUCCUUCCUCGCCAUCGCCCUCGCAGACAUGGUGCUCUCCCUGCUGUGGCUCCUCUGCCAAGCCUGCCGCUGGACACCCGUCCGGCGCCACGCCUUCCCGGAAAACCUCAGGGCCAGGUUCGCCGACGCCGACCUUCCGCCGCUCGACGUCUUCAUAUGCACCGCAGACCCCUACAAGGAGCCACCCAUGAACGUCGCCAACACGGCGCUGUCGGUCAUGGCCCUCGACUACCAGGCGGACAAGAUCUCAGUGUACGUCUCAGACGACGGAGGGUCGAAGCUCACGCUCUUUGCUUUCAUGGAGGCCGCGAGGUUUGCCAAGCAGUGGAUCCCUUUCUGCAAGGAGAAUAAGAUCAAGGGGAGGAACCCGCAGGCUUACUUCGCCGGCGACGGCAACGGCGACGGGCCGACGACCGUACCCAAGGGGUGGAGGGAGUUGAAGGCAACGUAUGAGGAGAUGAAGGAGAGGGUGGAGAUUGCGGUAGAAAGAGGUGAUGUCCCUGACGAUCUGGACGAGGAGGAGAGCAAAGCUUUCAGGAAAUGGACGGCUGGAUUUACUAAACAUGACCAUCCGACCGUUAUUCAGGUGUUGCUGGCGGCAGAGAAGGAUGCGGACUCCAUGGGAAACGCGAUGCCGAAGCUGGUGUACGUCUCCAGACAGAAGAGCAGAGCUGCCCAUCACAACUUCAAGGCUGGAGCUCUCAAUGUAUUGCUAAGGGUGUCGUCAGUGAUGAGCAAUGCUCCCAUACUUCUCAACCUCGACUGUGACAUGUACUCGAACGAUCCAAUGGUGGUGCACCGAGCCCUGUGCUUCUUCCUCGACCCGCCUCUCUCCACCAACCUCGCCUUCCUCCAGUUCCCACAGGUCUUUCCGGGAAUCAACAAGCAUGACACCUACGGCAACGAGUACAAGCGCCUGUUUCACAUCAAUCCCUUGGGCUUUGAUGGUUCGCUGGGUCCGAAUUUCCUCGGAACCGGAACAUUUUUCCAGCGCAGGGCUUUUGCCGGAAAACCAUUGAAGCCGCCGCAUCCGGAACUCGUCCGGGGACAAUCUUCUUUUAUGAAUGGCGGCGUCAGAGAACCCACCUGCUCAGAGGCAACCAUGGAAGCAGCUCAUGCUGUUGCAGCCUCCAAUUAUGAGCAAGGAUCUGAGUGGGGAUCCACUAUUGGAUACAGGUAUGGCUCCCUAGUAGAGGACUACUACACCGGCUACCUCAUGCAGUGUGAAGGAUGGCGGUCGGCUUUUUACAGUCCGCCGGAGCCGGCGUUCCUCGCCAACUUUCCGAUUUGCCUGCUGGACAUGCUGAACCAGUGCAGGAGAUGGUGCGUGGGGUUGCUGGAGGUGCCCUUCUCCCGGUGGAGGUCCCCUCUCACCUAUGGGACUAGGAAGGCCUCUAUUAUCACCGGCAUGUGCUAUGCCCAUUACGCCUUCUGGCCCUUAUGGUCCAUCCCUCUCAUCAUCUACGCUCUCCUCCCGCAGUUUGCUCUGCUCAUUGGUUUGCCUCUCUUCCCCAAGGCAUCUGAUCCAUGGAUUUACCUCUACACAUACCUCUUCCUGGGCUCCUAUGGCCAAGACAUGAUUGAUUACAUCAUGGAGGGAGGCACAUUUGCAAGAUGGUGGAAUGACCAGAGAAUCUGGUUGAUCAGAGGGGUCUCCUGUUUCCUCUUUGGCCUCUUUGACUACUUGCUGCAACGCAUGGGCAUCUCCAUCCCUGGUUUCCACCUGACCAACAAGGAUGUCGAUGAUCAAGUUGUUAAGCGAUACAAGCAAGGCCUGUUUGAGUUUGGGGUCGAUUCACCAAUGUUCUUCACCAUUUCUGCUACUGCAGUUAUCAGCUUAGUUGCACUGGUGGUUGGCGGAGUUAGAGUAGUGAUGCAGGGGGAUGUGGAGGAAAUGAUGGCGCAGUUGUUCAUAUCAGGAUUUGCUGUGGUGAACUCUUGGCCUGUGUAUGAGGCCAUGGUGGUUAGGAGAGAUGGUGGAAGAAUGCCAACCAAGAUUACGGUGCUCGCUGCAUUAUCUGGCUGUGCCUUCUAUAUGGUGUCUGAGUUUGCUAGGAGAAACUGGACUUGAACACUCUGCAGGUGAACAAAUCCCAUAUUGGAGCAGUUUUCUCUUGUAACAGUACAAGAAAGGCAGAAUAAAAUCUCUCUCUCUCUCCUUCAUGGACAAAGGAUCUGCCUUUAGAUUUUAUAAACUUGA